AUGACGCGCACCGCGAGUCUCGGCGCCGCCUCGCGCCCUCUGACCCCGGCUGUCGCGGCCAGCCCGGGCCGGCUGCUGCGCGGGAAACAGCCCUCCCAGACCGCGGCGACGGGAGGCGCCGGUCCCAAACUAAACCGAACUACUUCGCCGCGGCACUUCCCACGGCGAGAGGUGAACGGGCGUGUGAUGCGCGAGCCGGUGUCGCCCUUAGCGUCCCCGCACUUUUACAGUUCGAGGAGCGAGAACAACUCGACAUCUCGGCGGGAUCACGUGACAGCCUUGGGCCAGGACGGGGCCAGGACGGGGCCAGGACGGGGCCAGGACGGGGCCAGGACGGGGCCAGGACGGGGCCAGGACGGGGCCAGGACGGGGCCAGGACGGGGCCAGGACGGGACCAGGACGGGGCCAGGACGGGACCAGGACGGGGCCAGGACGGGGCCAGGACGGGGCCAGGACGGGGCCAGGACGGGGCCAGGACGGGGCCAGGACGGGGCCAGGACGGGACCAGGACGGGGCCAGGACGGGGCCAGGACGGGGCCAGGACGGGGCCAGGACGGGGCCAGGACGGGGCCAGGACGGGACCAGGACGGGGCCAGGACGGGACCAGGACGGGGCCAGGACGGGGCCAGGACGGGGCCAGGACGGGACCAGGACGGGGCCAGGACGGGGCCAGGACGGGGCCAGGACGGGGCCAGGACGGGGCCAGGACGGGACCAGGACGGGGCCAGGACGGGACCAGGACGGGGCCAGGACGGGGCCAGGACGGGGCCAGGACGGGACCAGGACGGGGCCAGGACGGGACCAGGACGGGGCCAGGACGGGGCCAGGACGGGGCCAGGACGGGGCCAGGACGGGACCAGGACGGGGCCAGGACGGGGCCAGGACGGGGCCAGGACGGGGCCAGGACGGGGCCAGGACGGGACCAGGACGGGGCCAGGACCGGGCCAGGACGGGGCCAGGACGGGACCAGGACGGGGCCAGGACGGGACCAGGACGGGGCCAGGACGGGGCCAGGACGGGGCCAGGACGGGGCCAGGACGGGGCCAGGACGGGGCCAGGACGGGGCCAGGACGGGACCAGGACGGGGCCGUCCAAGCUUCUAGGACGACGGAGAGACGGACCCGUAGUUCAGUUUCCCCUUUGUGUUCCUCCUGCGCUCGGAGGAGAGCUACCCAGUCUAUCCGGGGCGGUGGCGGUCAGACCCCCGCGGCCAAGGGAGGAGGGGGAAGGGGGGACCAGGGGAGGGGGGAUGCAGUGGAUGAAGAGGCGCGGCUGGUGAGAGGAGCGCGCAUGCUGCUGUGGGCGGCCGUGGCGCUGCAGCUGCUGGCGGCGGGCGCCGGGGGCGGCGGGGGCGGCGGGGGCGGCGCGGCGCGCGUCGUGCGCACCAAGCACGGCCGGCUGCAGGGAGUGGCGGUGGCGGGCAGGCGGCCGCCCGUCGACGCCUACCUGGGCGUGCCGUACGCCAGCCCGCCCGUGGGGGCGGCGCGCUUCUCGCCGACGCGCGCCCCGCCGCCGUGGGACGGCGUGAGGCGGGCCGAGCGCAGCGGGCCCGCCUGCCCCCAGCGGCCGCCCGACGUGUCGGACGAGGAGGCGGCGCUGGCGCGCAUGCCGCGGGGGCGGCUGGAGCAGAUCCGCCGCCUGCUGCCCUUCCUGCGCGAGCAGAGCGAGGACUGCCUCUACCUCAACGUGUACGCGCCGCGCCAAGACGAGGGCUCGCAGACGCUGUACCCCGUGGUGGUGUACAUCCACGGGGAGUCGUACGAGUGGAACUCCGGCAACCCCUACGACGGCUCCGUGCUGGCCGGCUACGGCCACCUGGUGGUCGUCACCGUCAACUACCGGCUCGGCGUCUUGGGCUUCCUGAACGCCAACUCGGAGCCGCGCGCCAGGGCCAGCGUGGCCAACUACGGGCUGAUGGACCAGAUCGCGGCGCUGCACUGGGUGCAGCAGAACAUCGCCGGCUUCGGCGGCGACCCGGGCAGCGUCACGCUCAUGGGACACGGCACCGGGGCGGCCUGCGUCGGCUUCCUCAUCACGUCGCCGGCCGUCGUGCCAGGUCUGUUCCACCGGGCCAUCCUGAUGUCGGGCUCGCCGCUCAGCAGCUGGGCGACGGUGGAGGACCCCGUGAGCCACGCGCUGCUGCUCGCGCGGCGCGUCAACUGCUCCGUGCCCGAGGACCCGCGCCGCGGCCUGGACGCCGUGGUGGACUGCCUGCGCGAGGCGCCGCUAGAGGCGCUGCUGGGCGCCGAGGUGACCGCGCCCUCCUACCUGCCCGCCUUCGGCCCCAGCGUCGACGGCGUCGUCGUCAAGACGGACCUGCGCCGCGAGAUGCUCGCCAACCCCAAGGUGGCGUGGGCCCCGCCGCCUCCAGCCGCCCCCGCCGCCCCCGGGGGCAAGGACCGGCAGCGCGGCGGCGGCGGAGAGUCGGCGCUGGCGACCCUGGCGGCGCUGGCGGGCACCAACCGCUGCGACCUGCUCUUCGGCGUCGUCACCGGCGAGGCCUUGUGGAGGUUCUCAUCGUCCGAUGUGCAGUCCGGCUUCGAAGGCGCGAAGCGGGACCGCAUGCUGCGCACCUACGUGCGAAACGCCUACUCGUACCACGUGCCCGAGAUCUUCUUCACGCUGGUCAACGAGUACACGGACUGGGAGCGCACCGUGCAGCACCCCGUCAACACCAGGGACGCCACCGUGCUGGCGCUCAGCGACGCCGAGUUCGUGGCGCCGCUCGUGCAGCUGGGGGACGUGCUCAGCUACCGCGUCAGCCCCGGCGCCUCCACCAACAAGCACUACUUCUACGUCUUCGACUACCAGACCAAGGACAGCGACUACCCGCAGCGGUUGGGGACGGCGCACGGCGAAGAACUGCCGUACGUGUUCGGAGCGCCCCUGGCGUACGAGACGAGCGCCUUCUACAGGAACUACACCAAGUCGGAGGUGGCGCUCUCCGAGUCCUUGAUGAUUUACGUGAGCAAGUUCGCCCGCACCGGGAACCCUAACCUGUACCAGAAGAAAGAUUCCGUUCUUCCUGUUUCCCGGGAGAGGAAUCGUUUUCGAAACCUCGUCUGGGACGAAUACGACAGCAUUCACCAGAAGUACUUGGAGAUAAGCAUGAAGCCGCGCAUGAGGAACCACUUCCGCUCGCACCACAUGUCCGUGUGGCUGCGGCUCGUGCCGGAGCUGCAUCGCGCCGGCAUGCGCGACGCCGCGGCGCGACACAACCUGUUCCGCGAGCAGGGCGACGAGCGGCUGUACCAGGGCUCGGCGCGGCGACCCCCGCCCCAGCCGCGCAACGACACAGCCGCCGCCUCCACGCCCGCCUCCCCGGCCGCCUGCGCGCCGCCCCCCGCCGCCACGCCGCGCCGCCCCGACCCCGCCCCCGCCCAGGGGCAGCCGCACCCGGCCGCCUUCAGCGUCGCCGUCGCCGUCGGCUGCUCGCUGCUCGUGCUCAACGUCGUCAUCUUCGCCGUCAUCUACUACCAGCGCGACCGCAUGCGCUGCGAGGCAAAGGACCUGCAGGAGCGGGCGCGCCGCGCGCACUGCCAGAAGUCCUGGGAGGACCUGGAGGCGCUGCCGGCCCCCGGGUCCCCGCGCGCCGCGGUCUGCCCCGCCAAGGCGCACCACCGGCUGUUCGCGUCGCCGCGCGUGGUGCAGCACUCGGCGCCCGAGCGCGCGCGCCGCUUCGACGACGCCUGCCCGCUCAACGGCUCGGCGACGUUCCUCGCGCCGGCGCGCCGGCAGCAGCCGCCCAAGGGCAUCCUGAGGGCGCCGGCGGCCGCCAUGAACGAGAUGAGGGUCUGA